GCUAUCGGACUUCAGAGGAGACUGCAUUGUCAGUGUCCAUCAUAGGUGCGGGUAUUGUUAGUUGUAGGCUUGGCUGGCCAAGCAUUCAUCUCAACUAUGCCAGCAGCAAUCCACAGUUACGCACAACUGCAACAGAUGGAAUGGCCAGCAUUGUAAAACUACUAGCACAAUGCCGAGGAAAGUUCAAGGCGACAACGCGGAAGCAGUCCACCACCGUUGUGAUGGGAAAUCACACAAAACAGCCAUUUUGGGGUAUCACUAUGGGCUUUUCACUGCACAGUCUGCAACAGUAUGCUGGCUGUUGGCAAUGAGCGCCUGAAAUACCCAACGGUGUUCUGGCUGAAGUAGCAUCGCAUCGCUGGCACGGAUCAAUGGGUGGAAAUAGUGUGAUUUAUAUGACAGGUUUGACUCAAGAAGAGCACACAAUACGCUACGUCUGUUACUGAUGACAGGAGUUAGGAUAAUGCGUGUAUGGUCCGUUUGGAAUCAAGUAAUCACCGUUGUCUGCCAAAUUGAAAGUGGAGUACAAGCUGUUUAGGCCUGUGUCGUCAUCGCUGUUACCAUGUGAAUACAUUUGAAAGCUAUCUUAUAACACAAGGAAUGAAUUGGAUAUCGACAAGAAAGACAUUUGUAGCAGGUUGUUAUCUUCGAAAUCAUGUUUUGGUGAGGCUUUACAACCUGGAACCAAAGGGGUCAUUUUUCGGAUCGGACGUAGGGCCAAGCCUGACUCAUUUUUCUCGCCCCUAGUCUCCGUGUGUUCUGCUAUGCCACACUGUGCCAGCCCUACUCCACAUGCCUUCGGCCCGGUGCUGGUGUGUUUCCUAGCAGUCAUACUUGUUCUAAGUGCCCUUCCCCGAUUCGCAAGCUGCUCUAGUAGCUCUACAUCGGGCUGGCUGGCCUCCGACUUUCCGGACCCACGAGUGAACCCACCCGGAGAUUGCGGGUUUACAUCGGGCGAGUUUGCCUGGGUGACGCCCGCUGCCGACCCCGCUAACGCCACCAAUUGGGUAUGCGAUCCGGACCGUGUACUGUCGCUUGACGAAGCACUUUCACUGGCUAACUACCUGAACAGUCUUUCCCACCAGUCUCCCUGUGACUGCGAGGCGGUAGAGUGCCCCGGAAGUGACGUCACACCGACGGGCUAUCUGAUUGGUGUAGCACUAGUCGAUCGCUUGAACAUCGAAGGGAUGACGUUUGAGCCGCUCAACGUGAAAGCUGCCAAUUUCGCCAAAGCGACGAGGGCGAAAUGGUUCUCUGGUCUGGGCUGCGACGACAAUGCACUGGUAUUUUAUUCCAGAUUCUCCAAUGAGCUGUACAUAUCCAUCGGGGAGACGGUGGAGGGGGUGGUUUCCGACCUGGAAUUGGCCAGUCUGUACCGCCUGGGGGAGCAGUAUUUGACGGUGGAUGACUCCUCCUCGUCGUCGCAGCGCGGGGCGGGUGAUGAGGGCCAGACGACCCCUAGCAGCUCGGCCGUGACCCACGAUGGCUUGGUGGCUGUGGUCAGCAAUCUCAACGAGGCCAUCCUGAACGGACCCAGCAUCAGCUCAGAUAUCAUCUUCGCCUUCUCCAUCCCCUUGUUACUGCUAGUCGUGCUGACCGUCAUGUGCCUGGUCUCAAAUAUUUGCUGUGCUCAAGACAUAUCGGUGCCAGAGCCAUCAGUGAGUCGGAGGAGUAGAACUGAGGUGGAUGCCAAGUCCGAGAAUGAGGAGGAUGCCAAGUCCGAGAAUGAGGAGGACGCCAAGUCCGAGAAUGAGGAGGAGACGAGCAGGUGAUAAGGACGGGAGAGAUGCUCAACUACCCGAUCGGCAAGACAAUGGAUUUGUGAACCUCUGUUUGUUAAGGCAACAUUUGAGCAGUGUAGAAUGGCCAAGAAGAUUUUUGAUAUAAAUCAGGAAGCCUUUGGAGGCCAUUGGCGUUGCUGUUCCCCUUUGAAACCGUUUCCAUGACAACAAAUGUGUCUUCGGCAAAAGUGAUUAACUUAAUUCGGCCAAAUCUGUCGGCCUUGAGUCGCAAAUUCAAUGUUCCCAGUGUGUCACUGUGGUACCCAUGCGCAGUCACUGCUCAGUCAUCGUGUAUCGCCUUCGAACAUGUCUCAAUACUCAGUAAUUAUAAAUGGCAUCUUUUGAUAUUCAAACAGAAAGCAGGUGUUUUCCAUAAUUUAUGCCUUUCCUGAACUCAAAGGUUGUUCACUUUAUAAUUGGAAAUUCCAACGCUGAACUGACUGGCAUGUAUUGAAUUUUGGGCAUUUGAUUGUGCAAUUAAUUAAAAAGAUGCACGUCAACUUUAAACAGUUUGAAAUUGGUAAAGAAAUUGUUAUUAAAAGAUCCUUUCCAAAGUUUCUAGCUGUGAAGUUGCACUCUUCCGAAAUUAAACACUGUACAUGGCUUCUUUACGGGAUCUCACUUUGUCACUUCUAUACACUAUAAAUGCAUUAAACCACACGGCACACUUUGCAUUUGAUAUAAUUAUUGUAUGUGUCAAUUUCAAUUACUUGGCGCCAAUCCAGUAAUACAUCACCCAACUGUUUCGUGACAUUUUCAUAUAAUUAUUGAGCCUCAUACUCUCGCAGCCGUAAAGCUAGAUACACAUAUCUCGUUACCUACAUUAUUGUAUUUAUUCCGAAGUGUUAUACUUGUAUAUGCAAAUGUAAUAUUUUUUGGAGAAAGGUUUAUAAUGGGCAUAUUUUUAUACAUUAUUUUGUAGGGUAUACUUCAGAUAAACAUACGAUCAUUAUGUGAGCCCGCGAAAACAGUUCGCCGACGUCAUGCCUGCAUGGAUAACUUUUUUACAUUUGGUUUUCACAGUGAAGUGUUUGCGUUGUAAAAAUAAUAGCAUAUCAUUACUUUGGCUUGCUUGUACAUAUUAUAUAGCUUGUAAAUAUUAUUUUAGCCAAAUAUGUCUUGUUAAUGUGUUAUAAUGGUGAUAUAUUUUGUUACUCGUCGAUUCACCUUUUUCAAAUUGAGAUCUCGUGCACCACAUUAUUAAACACUGCUACGUUUGAUAUUGCUUUAAUUGUCUUGUGUUUUCGACGUUAGUCAUAAAAAUGCAGUUUAUGUGUUAUAUUACAUGCAGGUUGUUGAGCGUCUUAGCAUUAAGUUAGAAUAAUGAAAUAUGCAACUUAUACUUUGUACAUUUAGAAGUGUCGAUUAUUUUUUGUUCAUGUUAUUUGAAAAAGUCAUCUUAUAGGUUUCCCAUUAACCUUUUGAAACUCUCAUAAAACAACAACAGAGAUCGCCCAUAUUAAAAAGUCAGAGUUGCGUCAGAUAUAUAAUAUUCGUGGAAACAGACUUCUCCAUUUGGCAUUGCCAACUAAAUUUUGAUAUAAUCUGCAUCAUUGUUAAAUUUUGGAGUGAAUGAACCACCAUAUCCUGUCUCAGUUACAUAGCUUUUACGAAGUUUUCUUCCAAUAUUUCCAAUAUAUCCAAGUUAUUUCUUUUGCUUUUGAUUGUACUUAGUGAAAUCUGAUUUCUUAAAUACAUUUUACUGACCUAACUUUCUGUAAUUAUCUGAAAUCAAUUGCGAGGAUGAGGUUGGUAGACCACGUGACCAGUUAACUUUAUGGUUUUGAGCGAUCGAUUGGUGGGGUAAAAUGAACAUAAUGCAUGCAAACUCAUGGAACAGCCGUGUAAAUAAUAUUAUGCCCGAAAUUGCAUACACUGGCCAAAUCACGAAUUUUAUACGGUCAGUUAUUUUCUUUUAAUAGAGAGAUUUGUGGCCCCUACACUUCAGGGGUGGUAAAAUUGAAGUGUCCCAAAUGCAAACCGGUCUUUGAAUUUUUUUCUGAGAAAUUGGGGAUGAAAUCGGACCCGAACGUCGCUCUAUUUUGCGAUAUAGUGCAGGGAUCAUUUUUCAAAAUGGCGAUAGUCUUUAGGAAUGCAUUUUGGGUGUGAUAAUCUUUUUGGAGGGAAACUUGAAAGUGGAUACAUUAAUUUGGAGUAAGUGUCUUGCUUACCUGAUAGAGGUAAUAGAGCUAGUAGUGAGUAUUUCCCCCAAUUUUUAGUGGUUGGGGUAUUUACCAUCAAUUACUCGUCUGCACCUACAAGAAACCGAGAUAUACCACUGCCAUUUUUUAAUCUCAUGGGGAUCCUUUUAUUCCUCGGGGAAGGACCACUCAUCAUUGUGUAAGGCAGUUUAGCGGACUUUUUUUGGCCGGAAAACGUUAGUCUUGAUUGGCAGAAACAGCUACGGUAUACACAAAUACUUCUCUGGGUUAAACAAUACCAGAAAGUUGAACUUCUUUUUAUAUGACACAAUUUUCCUUUGAAUGUGUACGUCAUGUUGUCAUACUACAACAGACCAACGAUAUUGUCAACCUCAUGGGAUAAUCUGUCUGUUCACAGAAUGGAAUUUUUUUUAGAAAGUAUUUGUCGAAUUUCCAUAUUUUCUACAACCAUCUGUUCCUUUUCACUUCUUCUCGAUAAUUACAUUUUGUCAAGCCAAAGGAUAAUUAGUGAUAACUAAUUUCUUUAACCGCCUCGGAACGUGCCUUGGAAUGUUCGUUUCAUCUUAAUCAAAUGGAAAAUCGGCCUUUUCAAAAUGUAUUUAUUUAUUGUCUCUCAUGUUACGUUCAAAAUCAUAGCUAAUAAUAAUGUGUUUAUAAAUGUCUUUGCAUGCUGUUCUAACUUUGUAGGAUUUGCAUCAGUGCAACUGCAAUGUAGUAAAAUAUUCAUGGAUAGUUGGUAAGGACCUGCAUCAUUGCCACUUACAAUUUAACAUAGAAACACCACGAUCUCGUCAUUAAAUUAUCAUUUUUUUCAGUGCAUCUCAUUAUUGCCCCUAUCCUGGCUUGUAUAGUCUGGUACCUGGGACCCAUGCAUGUAGCGCCCUUUUUUUAAGCCAAAAAUAAUGUACAUUCUAUAGCCGGUUGUGGCAACAAUCUUGACGUUGACAUUGGGUCCCAGAGACAAAAAACGUCUGGUUUCGAAGCAUAAUGUUCGAUUGCAUUACGUCAGCUGAGUUGCCACGGUAACCAUCUCCCCGGCAACGAGGCCCGAUUGAUGAUCACGGCCAUGGUAAUAAUGCCAUGUGGGCAAUAUAUCUCUAUGGCGGGACUGUCUUGUGAACAUUAUGGAAAAUGCCAAGAGCUGUGCCUGCAGUGGAGCCAGGCCGCUUAAACUCGUGCGCAUCACCUUCAUUUUACGUAUGUUGUAAUGAUCCCAGAUGUAAAUAAAGUCUCAUAAUAUAAGCACAUUAUUGAACGGCCAAGUUCCAUCCACGUCACAAAGCAAACAAGAUGCAAUUGGAUUUACCAUGUAGAUACUUCACCGUUGCUUAGCGAUGUGGACAUAGACAUCCAUAGACAUCCAACCAGAAUGAUCAAAUGUCUGAUAUUUUUCAUAAUGUGAUUUGUAUCGAAUGUCUUUUGAAUGAACAGUCCAGAUUUUCAGAAUGAUACUCCUAAUUAGUUUCCUUUUAAAAGAAAGAUUUAUUAACCAUAUUGUGUUAUUAAUGUCUAGAGGACCGUAAAUUUGCAGGACCAUAUAUACAGUUUUGUUGAUAAGUUUUAAAGAUCCCUUAUACACCCUUAUAAUCCUGAAUAACGCGGACGUGACUGGUCUAUUCAAGCACUGUACAAAAUGUGAAUAUAUAUACCUUAUUGACAACAAUGACGAACAAAGAUGGUUAUUGUAGUCAGACGUAAUAAUGAUUUCUAUGACUGUUGUUAAUUCAGUUCAAAAGCCCUAUUUUGGCUGCUUUAAUUUUGCGAAGUGGUGGAAUGAUUUUCCUGUUAUAUUUUGAUGUUUUAUCAUAGUUUUCAUUAUACAAUGAAUAUUCUGAUCUCAGUAUAUGCACAUUAAUAUUUAAUUGCUUCGGGGAAAAAAGGAACAUUAUACAUUGCAAUUUUGUAAUAAAAGGAUCAAGUGUCGUACUAA